GGAUAAUAUUUAUAGGGACUCCAUAGGUCCGUGCAUGCUAGGAUCAAAGUUCUAUGUGCUGGGUAUAAGACUACAGUUAGUCUGAGAGUUAUCAGAAGCAACUAACUAACUCUACUGACAGCAGGCAGCUCAGCCCCUCCCCCUCAAGCAAAUGGCAACAUGAUGAGUUCUCAAAGACAUUGGCAAGACAAGAAAGAGGAGGAGCGUCUUCCCCGGCUCCCCACAGGUCCACAGAGACAUGAGAGAGAAGUAAGAAGGUCCCUGCCCGUUGAAGAGAGCUCAAGAAGCCUCCCUGUGUUGCUCAAGAGAAAGGAAUCGCUGAUGGCAUUCGAACCAGUUAUAGUCAAGUUUGUCAGGAAUGGAGACAAAUUCUUCGAAGGAGUCAAGGUGAAUGUCUCUAAAAGAAUGGUAAAGAGCUGGGACGUCCUUCUGUCUGAGCUCUCUACGAGAAUCAACCUACCGGCUGGAGUGAGGAACGUUUACACACCUGAAAAUGGCCACAAGGUGACCAGACUCUCUCAGUUGGAACAUCAUGGGACGUACGUGUGCGGCUCCACUGAGCCGUUCAAAAGAAUAGACUAUAGCAAUUUGAAGCACCCUGACUGGAAAAGUCCAACAAAGAAUCGAAACCAGGACAACGGUGUAGAAUCUGUGUUUGCUAGAAACUAUUCCAUCGAUCUCAGCUGUAGUAUGCAAAGCAUCCGACACAAACUAAACCCAUCAUCGCUAAACAGCAGUAUGUCAGAAAAUCACCUGCCUCUUUAUACGAGAAAGCCAAGAAAAUUGAGGCCAUUAAGACAAAAUUCUCUGACUGCACCGGAUGAAACACUAGAGAAUGUUAUCCACAGGGAAAACUCCCCCACUGUGAAUACUGUAGCCCAGGAAACAGUGUCCUUCACUAUAUUUAGGAAUGGACCACUUCCCAGAGAAAGAGUGUCAGUCAUUUUAAAGAAGGGCUCCUCUUGGGAGAGUAUAAAGCAAUUGAUAAGUCGUAACUUUGUUAGCAUUAAUGGUUGUUUGAGAUUAUUCACUCUGAGUGGUGCGGCGGUGACGAGCUUGGACGAGCUAUGGAGGGCAGGGUUCAUCCUGAUUGCAGCUGGAGCAGAGGUCUUUGACAUUAGUACAUUUCUGAGUGGAGAAGGUAUAAAAACGAGCUCCACAAAUAGCUCCACAAAUGUUACCAACACCAUAGCAACCAGUCAACCUGUACGAGAAGAGCAGGAGAUGUCCAAUCAGUCAAGUCCUAAUGAAUCCACAACUGAACUAAAUAAUGACACUGUUGAUCCCAGUAAUAAGAUGAUGUCACCAGACAAGUCAACUUCUAUCCCAACCAACUCAAUAUCAGAACCUAUUGAAACGAAGAUGACCGAAACUGAAGAGGAGACUCCUACUAAUCAUACAACAAUAGACUCCCAACCUAAUCAAGACAGCACAGCAGUUGACUCUUCCAUUGAUGUUAGUGACUCCACCCCUCACACGUCCCCCGCCCACAUGUUCCCUGAGGAGGAGAUACGACCACGACCUCUUUCGUUGCUCAGUACGAAAGACAGCGACCGUCCGAUCUCCGUCUCCUCAGAGGAGUUUGAUUCUCCAAUGAGGAAGGCGUACACACUGUACCCUCGCCAUGUCCUGCCCAAGACCCCCCAGAGUGAUAUAUCCCUAGGCAUGGCGUGUCCGCAAUCAAUGAUUGAUAUGAUGCUACCAAAACUACAUUUACUCCGUGUGGACAGUGAGGACUCUGGAUCAGAGACAUCGGAGCUUCCCCCUCGUCCUCAACGGAGGAGCGUGGGAAUACAAACAGAAUAUAUGUCUGACGAGCUGUCGACUAUAAUAGACGUAUCUCAGCACCAGGACAAUGAAGUUCAAGUAGAGGUGGAGGCAGUCGUUUGCAGUGAACCAACUGACAGUGUAUCAGAGAGACCUUCCCUUGGUCACUGUAGUAACAAGCAGACGAGAGACAAGUACAGUAUGGGUGCAACGAUGCAUGAAGGACGCUAUGCCACAGUCCAUGCCUGCACCAGCAAGACUAGUGAUCAGGAGUACUUUGUGCGAGUGUUCAACAAGGCAAAGAUAUUUUGGAAUGAUGAUCAUAUUUUGAGGGAAAUCAAAAUCCUAACUAAACUGAGGCAUGAGCACGUGAUGACUGUCAUCGACCAAUGGGAGACCUCCGAUGAGAUAUGUAUGGUCAUGGAGCCAACAGAGGGUAGUGACUUGUACGACUGCAUCCAGCAUUGCAAAGUGUUUAGUGAAUCAGACACUGUAAAGGUCAUGCACCAACUAGGACUCGCCCUGGUCUAUCUCCAUGCCAACAGCAUCGUACAUAGGGAUAUACGACUGGAAAAUAUUUUUCUGACAGUGCACAAUGGAGAUGGGUGGAGUCUCAAGCUCGGUGGUUUCAGCCUUGCUACCACAGUAACAGAGCCACUGUGCAUGGAAUGCGGGAAAGAGUACUUCAGAGCUCCGGAGAUGAAGGCAGGCACUGGGUAUAAUACCAAGGUGGAUGUGUGGGCGGCUGGGAUGCUGUGCUACCUGCUGCUCUCAGGGAAGAUGCCCUUUACAAGGAAAAGCCAGGCUGAUUUGGCGAGUCUCAAUCGAAUGUUUCCAGCAACCUAUUGGAGUGAAGUUUCUGAGGAUGCGAGGGACUUCAUUGGACACCUCCUGCAGCCCAACCCCCAGCGGAGACACACCUCCAGUCAAAUGAUGCAACACAAAUGGAUCAAUGAGGUACACAAGAGUGGACGAGAGGACAAAAGUCGCCAGCUGAUGGAACACAUCAACACUCAAGCUGCUGAUAAUAUUGCAUCAGUCCUUGUACUCAGUGUGACGGCAUUAGACCACCGACUAAUGAACAACAAGGAAAGCAAGAGACUAAAAUAAGAAAAACAAUCAGAAAUCAUAAUUAUAUUUUCUAUGUCAUGUGAUUUGACUCACUUUUUUACUGUCAUCUGAAGUAGUUGUCAAUUGAAUCUUCAUCUGUGAAUGGUGUGUGUGUGUUCCAACAUAA